GAAACGGAAAUCGUCAAAUUUGACAACUAUUGAAGUCUUUUUGUUGUCGGGUUUUCAAGAGGUUAACACAAUGCCACCAAAAUUCGAUCCUACCGAAGUGAAAUUAGUAUAUUUGCGAUGUGUUGGAGGUGAAGUUGGUGCCACUUCCUCAUUGGCUCCAAAGAUUGGUCCGUUGGGUUUGUCCCCUAAAAAGGUUGGUGACGAUAUUGCUAAAGCGACUUCUGAUUGGAAAGGACUUAAAAUCACUGUUUGUUUGACGAUACAAAACAGACAAGCCAGCAUAUCGGUAGUACCCUCAGCUGCUUCCUUAAUCAUAAAGGCUUUGAAAGAACCGCCGCGUGAUAGAAAAAAGCAGAAAAACAUUAAACAUUCGGGUAAUAUAACAUUCGAUGACAUUCUGUAUAUUGCGCGCAUCAUGAGACCCAGAUCGAUGGCUCGCAAACUUGAAGGCACAUGCAGGGAAAUUCUGGGAACCGCUCAAAGUGUGGGAUGCACUGUGGACGGACGCCCGCCCCAUGAUAUCAUUGAAGAUAUCAGUAGUGGAGCCAUUGAGGUUCCAGCUGAAUAAAUCACACACACUAUAUUGUAAUUUGUAAUAGACAUUAUAGUAAAGAUUUAUUAUUUUAA